AAGAACUACACCAUUGAUCUUGUAUGAAUAAAUUAAUAUUUCCUUCUGAUAAGAAUAUAUAUAUAAAAGCAAGAAGAAGAAGAACAAAGAAACAUAUAAAGUAUUUAAUAAGAUUCUGUUGACGUUCUCCAAAUUUUCAGUUAGUUAAGAACUUUUAACAAUUACAGAACUUCUUUUCAGCAUGUCACACAAAUAUUACGUUUUAAUAUUACUUAUAGCUGGUUUAUGGACUUCAGUUAAUGGUGAUUAUUUUGAAGAAUGUGAUGGAGAAGAAAAUACUUAUAUAGCUGUACAAGAAGAUUGUUCGUAUUAUAUACUUUGUCAUGGAGAAGAUUCAUACCGAGAUUCAUGUCCCGAAGAUAGUCCAUACUUUUCGUUGGAAGAACAAACAUGUGAUAUGGAUAGAAAUGUUUGCGGUGAUAGACCAUUUCCUAAUGGGGAAUUCGAAUCGGGGGAGGUUGUUGAAUCAACUGAGGACUCUACAAAUUCACCAACGCAAUCAAGCUCAAGUGUUUCAGUUGCAGUUUCAACAACUACUGCUGGUUUAACUACUACCACUACUACAUUACCUACCUCAGUUAUUAUACCAACCUCUACUACAUCCUUAGUUACGACAGCACCCCAAAUCAUUACCACUCCCAACUUUAUAACUCCUUUGCCUUCUUACUGCCCAGCUGUUGACAAUCCUAAUAAAGCUAUUUUCCUGCCACAUCCUAAAUCCUGCACAGAAUACUUUCUAUGCUAUCAUGGUGAACGUUUACCCAUGCAUUGUUCCAAUAUGUUGCAUUUCGAUGCCCGCCAACAGAAAUGUGAUUAUCCGGAAAAGGUUAAAUGUCAAAUAAUGGAUGUUGUGUCCCCUAGAGAACAGUGUUUAGCACAUACCAUCGAUUAUUAUCCUCAUCCGGUCAACUGUAAUUAUUAUUACCAAUGUUUAUUGGGUUAUUUGAAAGUAAUGCAAUGUCCUCUGAAUAUGGGUUGGCAUUAUGAGAAAAGAACUUGUGUUCUAAGAUCUCAGGCUAAAUGUUAUAGCUCUUCUAAUAGAUUUUAGAUAAAAAUAAAAAAAAUAUUUUAUAUUUUAUGUCUAUCAAAAAAAUAAGUGGUUUUAUUUUAAAGAUAGAAGUAAAGGGUUUUUAUUGGAAAUUAGACUAGAUUUCAAAGUAUAGACUUUAUACUACUCCAUACUAGAGAUUACAAUCUAAACUACUUAUUUGUUCAGGCUAUCUUCUGAAGGCUGGAGAUCACU